GAGAGAGAGAGAGAGAGAGAGAGAGAGAGAGAGAGAGAGAGAGAGAGAGAGAGUAGGAGGAAGAAUGAACCAUCUGCAUCUCUUUUCAUGCGACGCGUGUUUAAACCCUCAUGAUGGCGAGACUGAGCGAACACGGGAUCCGGCUGAGCUCUAUGAGCCCGUCGUACCUGGAGAGCAACUCCACCAGUCACACAUGGCCCUUCAGUGCGGUCGCGGAACUCAUCGAUAAUGCAUCCGACCCAGGAGUCACAGCCAAGAACAUCUGGAUUGAUGUUGUGACGGUCAGAGAACAGCUGUGCCUCAGUUUUAUGGACAACGGGAGCGGUAUGACGCCCAGCAAGCUGCACAAAAUGCUCAGCUUCGGAUUCACAGAGAAAGGCUCCAGUAAAAGCGGUCAUCAGCCCAUCGGCGUGUACGGAAACGGGUUUAAGUCGGGUUCGAUGCGUCUCGGCCGCGAUGCUCUGAUCUUCACAAAAAAUGGUGGCUGCCAGAGCGUGGGCAUGUUGUCUCAAACCUUCUUACAGGCCAUUAAAGCUCAGGCUGUGAUCGUACCCAUCGCCCCGUUCAACCAACAGACCAAGACGCUGGUGGUAACAGAGGAUUCGGAGGCAAGUCUGAGAGCCAUCCUGAAAUAUUCUCUCUUCCAGAACGUCCCUGAGUUACAAGAGCAGUUGGACUCCAUUCAGGGCAAGAAAGGAACCAAGAUACUCAUCUGGAACAUCCGCAGAAAUAAAGAUGGAAAGCCGGAGUUUGACUUUGACUCGGAUACAGAGGACGUCCGUCUCCCGGAGAUCCAGUCAGAGGAGACUCAAGGAAAGUGGAGGAGAGAUUAUUACAAGCACCGCAGAGACAGUAACAACAUCCCUGAGAUGGAGUUUUCUCUCAGAGCUUAUCUCAGUAUCCUUUACCUAAAGCCCAGGAUUCAAAUCAUUCUGAGAAAGAAGAAAGUUCAGACUAAGCUGAUUGCCAAGAGUCUGUCCAUGAUCGAGAAUGAUGUCUAUAAACCCCAAUUCAUCAAUGAGAGAGUGAAGAUUACUUUUGGAUUCAACCAGAAAAAUAAGGAGCACUAUGGAAUUAUGAUGUAUCAUAAAAACAGACUGAUAAAGGCACAUGAAAAAGUUGGCUGUCAAAUCAAGUCAUCAGGUCAAAGGACAGGGGUCGGGGUCAUCGGAGUGAUUGAGUGUAACUUCCUCAAGCCCGCACAUAACAAGCAGGAUUUUGAGUACACCAAAGAGUACAGACUCACACUAGCUGCUCUUGGCCUCAAACUGAAUGAUUACUGGCGUGAAAAGAAGGAAAAGAGAGCAAAAGAGAGAGCGUUUCAAGCCUUAGAGAGGAAAAGCCAAGAAGGAGAUACUGAGGAAACAGAGGAAGAGGACGAUGAAGAGGAGGAGAAAGACGAGGAAGAAGAAGUGGAUGUAACGUGGAUUCAAUGUGAAGAGUGUUUGAAAUGGAGAGGAAUCAGCACUUUACUGUUUGCUGGAAGCGUUCCUGAUCCAUUCACUUGCAGCAUGCACCCGAUACUGCGCUUAAGGAGCUGUUUGUUACCAGAAGAAACAGAGGAAAACGCUGAAGUCACAACACCCAGCUAUGAAAAAAAACUCAAAAAACAGGAACAUGCCUCCAUCAAGAGAAGAGGAAGAUCUCUGGAGAUGAUUAAAAGCCCAGUGCAUCUUCUCUGUCGGGGGCUAUCUGAACCUGCAUCAGAGAGCAAACAGGAUGAGGUCAACGUUACCAUGACGACAGAUACACAGGAAACAGCUGAGGAUGGAGUCGGCGACGUUGUCACAGAAGAAGAAGAGUCUUCACCCACCCCGAGAAAAAGAAGGAAAGAAACAUGUUCAGACAUUGAAAACUGCAAUAAGUCCCCGACCCAUUCUGAAGUUCCAGAUGUCUCUGAAGAGGAGACAGAAACAACGGACAAAACGCAAGAGGAAGGACCAGAGACAAACAGCAGGACAUCACCAGCAGUGGAUACAGUGGCUCAGGAGGACACCAUUCAGGCAGAGAGCGUUGUACUUGAGGGCACCGUUGAGCCCCAGAUGUCUCAGGGGCCACAGAUGCCCAAAGAUCAGCCCAGGAUCCCCCCUCACCCACUCUCACCUCACACCUCCACAAGCAUGACUCAGACGGUGGUCGUCACUCCUCUCAGCCGGCCAGGAUUUCAGCCGGUCUCACCGUUACCGGCAGACGGUUCGGACCGUGCCGCACUUGCUCAGAGACUUGCUCAGCUGGACCGGGAAUCCAAGCGGCUGAGAAGACUCCUGGGCAUCCGAGAGCCAGAGGUUGCCACGGUGACCGAGUCGGAAGGGGGUGCGUCUUCUGAUGUCGCCACGGGUGAUUCAGGGUCAUGUGAACAAAAUGCGGAAAGAUUGAACCCAGUAUCAAAUGAGUCUAAGAGGGAGGAACUUUCAGAUUGCCAGAAAUCAGAGGAACAGCCCAACAGGCCUCCAACCAGUUCGUCCCCUAUCCAGCAGGAGGCAGAAACGAGUCCGAAAGAUGAGCUUUACUGGAGCAAAGCAUUAGCCAAACUCCAGAGUGAGAACCAGACGCUGCUAACUGAUCUGAACAAGCUGAGAACAGAGAGAGACCAACUGCUGAACCGAGUGAGUCAGACAGAGAGAGACACUGAAGAGAGGAGAGACCAGAGCACCAACACACCAAACCACACGUACAAUAGCAGUGUAACGCUGGAGAGGUUGCGGUCUAUCCGUCGGAAUGUGGUUGCGUUACUGUCUUCCAUCUUACCGAACCUGGACAUGCAGGGAAUCGGCUACGACACGAAUGAUGUAGACAGCAUCCUACAGCAGAUCAUACAAGCCAACAACCUGUGAUUUCUCUACCGGAUGAAAGAGCAAUGGCUUUCUUGCAACACAAGCAUUUGAGAUCGAUCCGAAGCCAAGGACAGAAUUAUGACGGUCACAGCAAAAUUGGUGCAAGGAAAAAGCAGCAUUAAAAGGGCUUUUCUUUCAUAAACAUAAUUUAUAUCGCAAGUUAAAGCUACUAUACAUUUCACACUCAAAUAAUUAUUCUCAAAGCCCACAUUCUUUGAACUUGAAUUUUGCAUUGAUCCGACUAAAACACUUCCUCUCUUCAGCGCUGCAAGUUAAACUACUUUCACAGUUGUGUCACAAACAUUUGAUCGCUUUUCAUUUCAGCUGCAUUGCUCUUCUAGAACUUACUGUAAAUACACAUCUGCAGGCAGCUAUUUAAUAUAUAUAUAUUUUAAAGUGCCCCCGUUUUGGAUUUUGAGUGAAUGGGUACAUCCUGCAAAGUUUUACAUUUGAAAGUACACUGUGUAUAAAGUUUGGACUCUUAAAAGAAAGAGUCGACUCUGAAUCACUGACAUGAGUUGUUUUUGAAGCCGUUUCAUGUUUAUGUCAGUGACACAUUAGCUUGUUGAACUUUUCUCAUUGGUCUGAAUGAAAAUGUACAUUCAUUCUUUGCCACUAGGAGCUGCUUUUGGAGCUCACUCCGCGCUCAAACGCUGUUUUAUCAGGCUUUACAGGCAUGAUGAGAUGAAAAUGAGACCAAUCUGACCAAUUAAAAGAUUUGCAUCCUGCUAAGGAGGGGGUUUGGAGAACUGAAUCAUUGAGUGAAUUGUUUAUGAGUUGUUGAGCGAAUAAGUAAAAAAUUAUUUGGAGACUCCCGAAACCAUAAUAUGAACCCAUAUCACCCAUAAUAGGGGCACUUUAAAGAAAUAUUUAUCCCAAAAUUAAAAAUUGUAUGAAAUGUACAUACCCUCAGGCUAUCUUAAGAAGUAGGUGAGUUUGUUUUUAAUGGAUAAAGAUUUGGAGACAUUCGUCAUGACAUCAGUUGCUCUCCAGUGGAUCCUCUGCAGUGAAUGGGUGCCGUCAGAAUGAGUCCAAACAGCUGAUAAAAACAUCACAAGUAACUGGCACUGCUCCAGUCCAUCAAUUAAUAUCUUGUGAAGUAAAAAACUCUGUUUGUAAGAAACUAAUUCAUCAUUAACAUGUUUUUAACUGGCUUUCGGUCCAUAAUCCAUAAUUGUAAAAAAUCCAGUGACAAGGUCCAUCCCUGCUGUCCUCACACAUCAAAAUCCACCUACAUAUUUGUUUAGAACUGUUUUGGACCAUUUUCUCUUGAUCUGUGCAGAUUUCUCUCCUGAUGUAGACAAGACAACUUUUUCACUCAAGAAUUAUGAUUAUGGAUAGAGCACUCAAUGGUUUUAAGUUUAAAAUAUCUUAAAUAUCUUCACAUUUUAACUGAUGGACUGAAGUGGUGUGUACUACGUCUGGAUUAUUGUGAUGUUUUUUUUCAGCUGUUUGGACUCUCAUUCUGACGGCACCCAUUCACUCAUCCAUUGAUGAGAAAGUGAUGCAAUACUACAUUUCUCUAAAUCGAUUCCAAUAAGGAAACAAACUCAUCUUCAUCUUUGGUGUGGUGUUCAUCUUUCAGGUGAACUGCUCUUUUUAUACAAACAUUUGUAGUAUUAUUAUUUUUCUAAAAUUAUUGUUUUCUACUAUAUAUUUUUUUAUUACGUAACGUAACAAACUUAACCAUUGAUAAACCGAUAAUAAUGCAACAUUUAACUUUUGGACUUUUUUUUUUCUCAAUACACAAUAAAAGUCUUAAGUGCUUUA